UAGAAUUCAGUUCAGAACCAACCUGGGUGACAUAGUCGCGCGGUUGCGAUCAGUCGCUCAUGCCAUCCAGCUAAAAGGACUCGUGUUCCUUAUUCUUUGGUUCUCGAUAGCUUAUUCGAUCAUUCAAUAUUUGUGAGGCGCAUUCGCUGAAUUGAAAGAAAAUGGAUGAACUUGGCAAGGAACAGAUCGACAUCUUGAAAAAGGCGUUUGAGGCAUUCGAUCAGGAAAAAAAAGGCUGCAUCGGCACUGUGAUGGUGGGCACCAUCCUCGGCAUGUUGGGCCACCAAGUUGACGAGAAUACUCUUAAGGAGAUCAUCAAUGAAGUCGAUGAGGACGGUUCGGGAAUGUUGGAGUUCGAAGAGUUCGUGACCUUGGCUUCUAGAUUCAUGGUAGAGGAGGACGCGGAAGCGAUGCAGCAGGAACUUAAAGAGGCAUUCCGGUUAUAUGACAAAGAGGGCAACGGUUUCAUCACGACAGGUGUACUCAGAGAGAUCUUGAAGGAGUUGGACGACAAAAUCAGUGCCGAGGAGUUGGACAUGAUGAUUGAGGAAAUUGACUCCGAUGGCUCUGGCACCGUUGACUUCGAUGAAUUCAUGGAAGUGAUGACGGGAGGAGACGACUAAAACAAUACUCAAAAGGAAUAUUUUAAAACUUAUCAAAAGCUUUAAUCAUCUUUACCAACGUAUCAUUUCAUGAUACUAGUCAU